AUGGCGACAGGCACCCCCGUCGAAGAUCAGGGCCGAUUGCUCGAGGAAGCUCUCGGCGUCGUGCGUCAACAGUCGCAGCAGAUGCGCCGAUGCCUGGAGACUCCGGGAAAGCUCAUGGAUGCUCUCAAAUGCGGGUCGACUUUGGUAUCAGAGCUGCGCACACCUACCCUAGGCCCGAAACAAUACUAUGAGCUCUACAUGGCGGUAUUCGAUUCUCUACGGUUCCUGUCCGAUUAUCUCCGCGAGUCGCAUCCCGUCAACCACCUCGCGGAUCUCUACGAACUCGUCCAAUACGCAGGCAACAUAAUACCCAGAUUGUAUUUGAUGAUUACGGUGGGCACCGUAUAUAUGGGCGUCGAGGAUGCGCCGGUCAAGGAGAUCAUGAAGGACAUGAUGGAAAUGAGUCGCGGUGUUCAGCAUCCCAUCCGCGGUCUCUUCCUCCGAUACUACCUGAUGGGUCAGGCCCGUGACCACUUGCCAACGGGCAAAGAAGAGGGGCCUCAGGGCAACCUCCAAGAUUCAAUCAACUUCAUCCUUACCAAUUUCGUGGAGAUGAACAAGCUUUGGGUCCGGUGGCAGCACCAAGGCCAUUCAAGAGAAAGGGAGCAAAGAACACAAGAGCGGAGGGAGUUGGAACUGCUGGUUGGGAGCAAUCUGGUGAGAUUGAGUCAAUUGGUCGACUUGGAGACAUACAAGGCUACCAUCAUCAGUCCGUUGCUGGAACAGGUAGUGCAAUGUCGGGAUGUCCUGGCUCAGGAAUAUCUGCUCGAAGUCAUUACCAAGGUUUUCCCAGACGAGUACCACCUUCACACUCUGGAUCAGAUGCUCUCAGCUAUCGCGAGGUUAAAUCCACACGUCGAUAUGAAGAAGAUUGUAAUCGGGUUAAUGGAUCGCUUGUCUACCUAUGCCCAAAGAGAAACGGCCGAGUCGGUGUCUGAAGAGGACAAGCGAAAGGCUGAAGAAGAAGCUGCAAUCCGCAUGCUCGAGAAGGUCGACUUAAACCAAGAUACGAAGCCUGCUCCUCCUGUCGCUCAACCAGACACACCCACGACGAAUGGCACCGAUGCUAAAUCGCCCACAGACACGCUGACGACGGAAUCCGAUUCGGCAACGCCGGCGGCACCGGCAACCAACGGCGAGAAGGGAACCGGCGUCGGUGAUGUGAGGCUCUUUGAGAUCUUUUACGAACAAGUCGUAAGUCUUGUCAAAACGAGAGGUCUUCCAAUCCAAGACACUAUGGCAUUGUUGACGUCGCUGGCCAAUCUUGCACUUAACAUCUACCCGGAGCGACUAGAAUACAUUGACCAGAUUAUGGCCUACGCCCGUGAGAAGGGUGCCGAAUACAUGGACUCCGCCGACCUCCAUUCCGCCGCAACGCAAGCCAAUAUGCUCAACCUUCUUCUAGCGCCCAUCAGAACGUACAUAUCGCUUUUCACAGCAUUAGCUCUUCCCAACUUUCUACCCUUGUAUCAAUCACAAACGUAUGCUACAAGGCGGGCUGUUGCCGGCGAGGUGGCCAAGAACAUCCUGCGGAACCAUGUGCUGAUUACCACUACGCAACACUUGGAGGGCAUCAUGUCUCUUCUUAAAGUUAUCAUAAAGGAGGGCAUCCCACAACCGGCUGGCUAUCCUGGGCUGAACCGUCCGAGAGGAGGCGAGUCGGAUGAGACAGUUGAGGAGCAAGGCUGGCUGGCAAGAAUUGUCCACUUUGUUCAAGGACCAGACAACGACACCCAACUCAAACUCUUACAGCAGAUGCGCAAAGCGUUCGAGGUCGGCAAUGAGCGGAUCAAGUAUACGACUCCUGCCAUCAUCACUGCCUCGAUGAAGCUCGCACGGAAACUCAAAGCCCGAGAGCAUUUCGACGACAACUGGCAGAACCAAUCUUCUGCGUUGUACCGGUUCAUGCACCAAACCCUUUCACAAUUAUAUACGCGCGUUAAUCCCGGAGCGGCAGAAUUGUGUCUUCGGUUAUUUGUGUCGUGUGGUCAAAUCGCCGAUCAGUGUGGCUUCGAGGAAUUUGCAUAUGAGUUCUUUGCCCAAGCGUUCACGAUCUACGAGGACAGCAUCAGCGACUCCAGAGCACAGUUCCAGGCUGUGUGCAUCAUCGCCGGCGCGUUGCAGAUGACGAGAGGAUUUGGAAAGGAGAACUAUGACACGCUGAUCACAAAAGCCGCGCUGCAUGGAAGCAAGCUGCUUAAGAAACCAGACCAGUGUCGCGCAGUAUAUCUCGCCAGCCAUCUAUGGUGGUGUGUUGAGAUACCUGGGAGAGAAGAGGACCCGAAGAACUUCUACCGCGAUGGCAAGCGUGUGCUGGAGUGUCUUCAACGAGCACUCCGUGUUGCGGAUGCCUGUAUGGACACUGCAGUGUCCGUGGAAUUGUUUGUCGAAAUCCUCAACAGAUACGUGUACUACUUUGAUCAGCAGAACGAAACGGUCACGACCAAGUACCUUAACGGGCUGAUUGAAUUGAUCCAUUCAAAUCUGUCGACAACCAACUCCGAGGGAAAUGCUCAGGCGCUGGAGAAUCCCAAACGUCACUUUUUCAGGACACUCGACUAUAUCAAGUCUCGGGACUAUGAGGGCGUGGUUACCGAGGCGAGGCAGUGA